UUCAUUUCAGUUUCAGGAGAUGCCUUACUGUCAGUGAGAAUGCAUGUGUUACCAGGCUAUGGAAUAUGUCCCCACAGGCCUACAGCUUGAUGCCAUCCAUAGUCAUGUCUAUACAAGAUGUUCUAAAACCAGAGUUAACAGAUAAGUUUGUGAGCUUUGAAGGUUGGAUUAUAAGCAGAACAUUAGUGAAACCAGGAUUUGGUCCUAACUCUUUCUCUAAAGAUAUAGGUAGUUCCUGUAUGUAUACAAGACUACAUCUUCAGGAUUCCAGCAGGAGUGAAGAUAUUUGGGUGUAUUUAAAUGACAGCAAUAUUCUCAGUGAGAAAGGUCUAAUACCAGGAAACAGAGUCAGGUUCUAUGGGCUGGAGAGAAAAUUGUCACAACUGAAUAAUAUCUACUGUAGACUUGUUCCAUUGUCUAGCAUCCAGAUAUUAUGUACUGAAGCUGAAAGGGCUGUUGGAAGACAAAUAUUGAACCAAAAUCAAGCAGACAGAAGUAAACAGAUACCACUACUGUCCCUCGUUGAUUUGUGGGUUCCAUCAAAUACUGGACACGUUUUCCAGGCAAUCUGUGAUAUUGAAAAGAUUCUGAAAGUUUCUCUGAAAUGUUUGUGUGAGACCUGUGGAAGUGUAGUGAUUAACACAGCGUGUUUGAAUACUGCAUGUAAUGGUGGUGGAGCAUACAAAUUCCUAGCCAGGGCAAGUGCAAUAAUUGAUGACAGCACAUCUGUUGCUAUGGUAACACUAACAGGAAGUAGUGUACAGAGCCUGCUCCAGCUGUCACAUGACCAGUGGAAAUGUCUGGAAGAAAAAAUUGGCCAAACUGGAGAAGUGUUUAUACAGCAGUUCAGUCCUACUCUCUCUACAUCAGUAGAGAGGUUUGUCUACAUGUUGUGUGACAACCAUGCUGUAAAACAGACCUGGCUUAUGUCAUUGAAAACAAGGUCAUCAUUAGACAUCAAUAAAAUUGGCCAUGAUGAGUUUUGUAUGAAGACGUUUGACACUGGGUCAUCUAGGAUUUCCACACAAUGUUUACCAUUUCUGCAACUAGAAUGUGUGGCCAUGAACAUAUUUGAACCCUCUGUUUGGGCUAUACAUCACCUCAGUGUCAGGUAGUGACGAGCUGAUAAAUCGUGAAGUCAUUAAUCAGUGGUACAUAGUAUGGCAUGACGGCCAGUGAAAAUUGGGAUUCGUGAAGGGAUUCUGACGGCCAAAAUACACACCUGAAAUAAGCUAUAUGUGUUGUUGGGUUUGUGUGACAGAAACAGGUCCAGUUUAAAAAAUUAAUGGUCUGCAGAGAUUUCUGUGUGAAGAAAGUGAUCAUUCACGGAUGAAUGACCCAAUUUAUUAUGUCUCCCACCACACAGUGGUGUGGGAGACAUAUUGAUUUACUCCAGUCUGUGUGUCUGUCUGUCACAAAGCUUGUCCGCACUCUGAGUCGAACAUUUCUCAUCCGAUCUUCAUCAAACUUCAAUAAAAUGUGUCUGCCAAUAAGUGCUCUGCCAAGUUCGAUAAGUAGCCAAAUCGGCCUAGGCACUUUGGAAUUAUGGCCCUUGAAUUACCAAAACCACUCAGAUUUCUUGCCUAGUUUUACCUCCAAACCGACCCCUAUACUACUAGUAGUAUAGGGGUCCUUUUGGUGUAAAGAAAGCACAUGCACAUGUUGAUUCAGUAAACAGUAUAUAAAGACUGACUUAUUAUUUAGAUGAUUAGGCAGUUGUGGGAGACAUGCGCUUUUCUCAAAAGCAUCUCUAGUUUAUUUAUUUCCUCCAAGACUUGGCAAUAUGUGCAAUAUCAGAAUGUAAUCAAGUGUACUUGACAAUUACGCUAUUGUUUACCAAAUAUGAACUUGCCAACACUAUAGUAAUUGUAAGAUAUUAAUUCAUUUUAAUACUCAAAAAGAUUACAACUAAACCCAGCUUUAUAUCUUUUAAUUACUACACGAUAAGAUUUUAUAUUGCAAUGUUGAUAUUUUAAUGUUAC